AUGAUGAGAAAGAAUGGAGCUACACUCCGAUCCAAAUUAUUCGGAGCCUCUCAUCACGAGGAUGAUUAUUCAUAUUUACCGACCACAACACCCUCUCGGAACAGUGGAACAGCAACACAAACUCAGUUAUUGAUUGAUAAAGCAGAAGAGGACGUGGAAAAGAAAGCAGGAACAAUGGUAAAGGGAGUACGAGUUUUGAAGGAGAUUGCUCUCUCGAUAAAUAGCGAAUUGGCAGAACAAGACGCCUAUUUUAGACAAAUAGGAGAUGAUAUGAGUAAUACGAAAGGCGUACUAGAUGCAACACUACAAAAAUUGAAAAUAUUAUCACAGAAAACUCAUGGAAUGCUCGGAAUGUUCUGUCUCUUGAUCGGAUUUGUUAUUUUCGUGCUAUUCAUAUUAUAUACUUGGAUAAGGUAA